ACCCAUCAUUUUAUUAUACAAGCUGAAAAACAAAUGAAAAAUAAACGAUGUUUAUUUAACCAGAGAAACAUCAUAAAGAUUAUGUUAUCUGACAGGCUGAUUUACUUUUAAAGAUUUCUAGAGACAGAUGAUUGAUUAUCUUCUCAUUAAUAAACUGUUGUUGUUGCCAAAAUUAAUCUCAACCUGUACUGUAGAAAAGUGCAUAUAACAUACGCGUCUUUUCGUAAAAGCAAUUUGUUAGAUAUGUGUCUCGGGAAAACGUUUUGCGAAGGAAAGCUCCUCGAUAAAUGAUAUUAGAUAUAUUUUGAAUUUUAUUUAGUAUAGUCUGACGAUUCUGUGUAUAUACUAUAUCGAAUAAAGUAAUUGUGCUGUAAUUGUACUGUAUCAUCCAUGAUGCUGUCAUUAAUAUUUUGCAUUGGACUUGGAUAUGGAUCAGUCAUAUCUGCAAAUCCGGAAACGGCAAUUGAGAUGCCACUUAUUAGUAACGACGAUGUUCCGCUGGUUGCUAAGUUGGAUACCAAAAACCUAAAUAAGGCCAUAAAGACAUAUAUUAAUAAAACAAUGCAUAAGGCUGUGAUGGAAAAAUUUUCCGAAUUGAAAUUGGAUAUAUUGUCUAAAAUUAAGACAGAAAAAUAUCCUAGAGAUUGCGAAGAUGUCAGAGAGUCAAAAAGUGGUAUAUACCAGAUAUAUCCUUCAGACAUCCGUGGAUUUGAAACAUACUGUGACAUGAAGACCGCAGGUGGGGGUUGGUUGGUUUUCCAGAAAAGGCAGGAUGGAAGUGUUGACUUCUUUAGGAACUGGACGGAUUACAAAAACGGGUUUGGUGACCUGACAGGAGAAUUCUGGUUAGGUAAUUCUAAAAUCCAUGAAAUUACCACAAAAGAUGAAUAUGAACUGUACAUACUAAUGGAGGAUCUUGAAGGAGAACAGAGAUACGCGAGAUACAAGACGUUUUAUAUAGGAGACAUACAGUCAAAAUUCACUUUACAAAUCGGAGGCUACAGCGGAAACGCAGGAAAUUCGUUGGACACGACCACGCACAAUAGUCAGCCUUUUUCAACAAUAGAUAGAGACAGUUCGACCAAUUGUGUACAGCAGUAUAAAGGUGGAUGGUGGUAUAAAAACUGUCAUGAAUCUAAUCUGAAUGGGUUGUACCUAAAUGGUUCGCACAAGUCAUUUGCAGAUGGUAUUGAAUGGAAACACUGGAAAGGUUACAAUUAUUCCCUUAAGAAGACACAAAUGAUGAUUCGACGCCGUCGUUAACAUGAUAGUAUAUAACAUAACUGAUGACACUGAUUGCCAUUAGACUUAAAAACAAAUGCUGCUUAUUGUCACUUUUGAUCUCGUUUACAACAUGUAUAACAUAAUAUCAGAAUCAUUAUAAUUUA